AUGUUAAAAUUAACAUGCAGCAAAACAUUUAAAUUAUAUUUUGUUGAUAUUAGUUCGAUAUUAAUUGACUUAUCAAAUUUAGCUGAACAAUUUUAUGUUUAUUUUUUAACAACAAAAUCAAAUUUAAGUGGUAGAGAUGAUCGAGUAUUUUUUUAUAUAUUAUUUGCCAUCGGAACCUUUAGUAUAUUCAAGUCAUUGAUAUUAAAUCCCCGAGCACAGAUCAUCAUUUCGUUUCUAAUCGAAAUUGGUGAAUUAUUUUCCUAUUUAUUAGUAUUUAAAGGUACGCUUUUCGGCAUAGAUAUCGGGUAUCUUGGUAUUAACAGUGAUUCUCUGAUAUUAAAAUCAAACAAAUUAACCAUUGUCACUUUUACAUUUUUCGGUUUUCAAACUAUUUUACUGUGGGUUAAUUUUUUCCUUAUUGACUUGGAUCAUGAACGAAAAGCAUGGUACAUGCGUGUAACUGGAAUUAUUGGGCGAAUUUUUUUGUAUAUUGUACUGAAUUUGAAUCAAAUAUUGUUUUUGUUUUUGGAUUCAAAUUCAGUUUAUCGUAAUACCUAUUUUGAAUUGUUGACAACAUUAUCGUUCUAUUUGGGUGCACUAUGUGCUGAUUAUUCACUGGAAAUUAAAAAUACAAUUAUUGCAGCACAUCGAAAUGAAACUCGAAAUAACAAUGAUUUUAAAGCAAUUAAAACCGUAUCCCAAAUUAUUAUCAUUCAUCCAUUAAAAGAUGUUAUUAAACGAUAUGUGCCGAUUGUUGGACGUUCAUAUACAAAAGUUGCUAUUUAUUGGUAUGCAUUUGUUUUUAUCUUAAAUUUAUUUAUAUUACAGCCAGUCACAUUAGUCACCAUGUUUGUUGUCUCAAGUACAGAAUUAAGAAGAGGACGGAAAACAUUGUACAAUUACGAUCGAGGAGUUUACAUUUGGUCAAUUAUAUCAGCGUCAAUUUUAUUGCUUAUUCUUCUUAUUGUACUUCCCAUUGUUGUUCGAGCUUUUUGGAAAGCAACAAAGAAAAAAGUACAUGUAAUUCAACCAGCACCACUAUCUGAAUUAGAUCAAUUUUAA